UCAAGAUGCUUCCAAGUAUAGGACCAUACUUUGAUUCAGCCAAGAAGACUCUGUCUGUGGUCCAUUUUUCUUUCAUUCAAAUUGACCUCAGUAGCCCAUCUUAUCUUAAAUGCUGAGGAAUUUAAUUUUUGCAUAAACAAAGGUUUGCUAUAAUUUCAAUUGUUCUUUGAUGACUGGAAGACAAAUUCAUGUGAUUUUUCAUGUGCUCGUGUUUCUGUCUGGUCAUCUGGUCUCCGUCCAAAUGCCUCUUCAUUCUGUAGAAGCAAAGGAUUGCCACAGAGCACCAUUGAUCUAUAUAUACGUGUAUCUUAAAGGGCAACAAAACACAAGUCCCUCACGACCAUCUCAAUCUUUUACAUCUUCUAAACGUUCAAGAAUUUCCUCUUAACUUCCUAUUAUCAAGAGAAGAAACCCUGCCAGGACCAUGGCCAUCCAUAUACCUUAUAUUAUUCAUUCGAAUAAUUUUCUUCGACGGACUUCAUCAAGGGGAAAUCAAUCAGUAUUGGAUAUUCCAAAAGGUCAUUUUGCAGUAUAUGUAGGGGAGGAUGAAAAGAAGAGAUUCAUCAUUCCAAUAUCAUACUUGAACCAACCUUCUUUUCAAGAUUUGUUAAGUCAAGCUGGAGAAGAAUUUGGGUUUGAUCAUCCAAUGGGUGGCCUCACAAUCCCCUGUAGCAAGAACGUAUUCAUUGAUGUUACCUCUCAACUUGGCGUAAUAUGAAAUCAGCUACAAGCUUAGUUUAGGUAGAACGCAAUUUUAUAAAAAAGAGUUGUACAUUUUAACCUAGGUAGAGUUGAGAAAAGCUUGAGGAGCAAAAUAAUAUCUUCCCAUGACAGAAGCUUUUCUGUUUAUCAUACAAAACUUGUUACGUGUUUCAUGUUAUUUCACUUUCUAAAACAGGCAAUUUUCUGAAUCAAGAAAUUUGGUACUUGGUUGGGAUUAUA